AUGCCGCUGGAAAUCGUAACAUCCCCUCUGCGAUCCUGGGAGAGCAGCAUCGCCAUACUUAGUGGCAGGUCAGCAACAAGGCCUCUUGCAUGGCCUGAACCGGAGUUGUCUACCGGCCGCUGUAUAGGCAAGGUCGGCAAAGAGCUAUGCUGGGUGGCCAAAGGCCCAGCGAGAGACGCAUUCGCGGUGCUGGCUCCAAAGAUUAAGGCCUACCUCGAGAGGUCUGUCGAGCCAGUAUCGAGUUGGGUUACAUGGUCUAUCUAUAUGUUCGGCAAGUCAGAGAAGAGUGCCAGUCCAGCCAUCCUGUUUUGCUGCGAAGUUGUUGCGCAUCGUAAACAGGUGAGAAGUGCGAUUAAAGACAGCGACAUUCUCAACGAGUUCCCUGGUAUCAAGACUGCCCACAUGCCUCGACCGCCUGACUUUAAUCAGCUUGUUCAAUUGGCAGAUGAUAGCAUUGAUCAUCGACCUGUCCUUGCGUCCCUUGCAAACAAUCCAUGCGGGAUGCCGUUAUUCGUUGAACAAAUUAUAGACGACGGAACUUGUUACAAACAAGCUACCGUUGGUGGCAUCAUCCAGCUGUUGGACAAAUUCUACUACACCACAGCAGGUCAUGUACUUAACCCCGAUAUGGCCACGAGCUACACGGAGGGCGAAGUCAGCGAUGACGAAUUUGAGAUUGAUGAAGAUGAUGACGAUGAUGAGAUGGACGAAGUGGCAUCAACGGCUUGUGAGAAAACGUGGUUGACACAAGCCAACGACGUCGCCAUGAGCCCGCGGUACGCAGGUUCGACUGAGAGUAAGAUGGUCCAGCCACCGUUCUCGCCGGGCAUACAAGAUAUGCAAGCAACACAAGAGGAGUCGAAAUGCAAGAGCCGUCGGAUUCUUGAGGAAGGACCUUCACCGAACAUUUCCCUACCUCCACAACCUCUAGGACAUGUCUAUCUAUCCUCCCUCGACGAACCAUCAUCUGAUCUCGACUAUGCCCUGAUCAAGGUAACCAACCCCAUUCACUGCACCGCGAACAAAAUCACCUCUUCCUCCUUUUCUGCGAAGGGUGAAGCCAAGAUCCAGCGUGUCGUCACAGACGGUCCUAAAGACGUCAAGAUCCUUAGCUCCACCUCGAGAGGAACACUUACAGGAGUCAUGUCAGGCACUCCCAUGUACGCCCGUCUCCCCAACUGUAAUCUGUACCAGGAUGUCUACAACGUCCUCUUGGACUCGCGACUAGAAGCCGGGGAUUGUGGCUCCUGGAUCAUUGACGUCGAGUCUGGGAACUUGUACGGACACAUUGUGGCCGGGUCCCCGGAUUCGGGUGCUGCAAUUGUGAUACCUUUUGCACGCGUAUUCGAAGACAUAGAAACGCGAGUAAAGCAUCACCCUCGUUUGCCCCUCUUCGGAGCCACAUCUCCAUACAACUUUGAUAAAAAGCUAGACCUUGCUACGCAUCUGCAACAUACAAAUUCAGAUACGGCAUCCUCUUCUAAACCGCCAUCGAAGUAUGACCAGGAGUGGACCCGCGACUUAAGAAGUCGAUUUGAGAAACAGUGGCGGAUCAAACUGUUGGAUGAACUGAAACUAUCACGGACUGGUCGUCAAGCUACUAUUGAACAAGCAGUUUCAUCUACUGAAGAUGAAUCAACUUCGCUCUCUAGUCAGCCUAGAGAGGAGGAGUCGGUUCCGCCGUACACUGCAACUGACACUGGAAAAGGGUUACUGCUGCCGACCCAAAACCGGAAGAUAGUGCAGACACCACUGUUCCCUCGAUCUCCGAGUUUAAACGACCGGGAUGCUAAAAAGUUCCGCAACCUUCUGAUAUCCCUCUCCUUGACCCCAACGAAGUACGAGAACCCAGGAUUACUCGACGAGGCUCUGGCCAGCGUCCCGCUAGAGAGACUCUACAGCGAAGCUGAAGAAGAAACCAUGUUCUUACAGGCCCAAGCAGAGUCAUGUGGCGAUGGACGGUGGCCCGAGUGGGGCUACAGUGAUUGCAUCAUCCGGGCAUUGUUGAGAUGGUUCAAAAGGUCAUUUUUCACUUGGGUGACCAAUCCAGCAUGUUCGAUAUGUUUGUCUCCAACCAUUGCUAUGGGGUUCACUGAGCCACUCCCAGAAGAGUCAGCUUGCGGAGCUCGUCGCGUCGAGCUCUACAGAUGUUCAAGGCAAGACUGCCUAGAAUUUGAGCGAUUCCCCCGAUAUGGCGAUGUUUGGAAACUACUUCAGACCAGAAGAGGGCGAGUUGGUGAGUGGUCGAACUGCUUUACGAUGUUGUGCCGGGUCAUGGGUGCCAGGGCACGGUGGGUAUGGAAUAGCGAGGACCACGCAUGGACCGAGGUAUACUCGGAAUACAGGAAGAGAUGGGUUCACAUUGAUCCAUGCGAGGAAGCUUUUGAUCACCCAACAUUAUACACCGAAGUUUGGAAUAAGAAAAUGGCAUAUGCUAUAGCCUUCUCUAUCGAAGGUGCCACGGAUGUUACGCGACGAUAUGUUCGCAAGGCGAAGUAUGCGGCGGAGCGAAACCGUUGUCCAGAAGAAGUCCUGCUGUACGUCAUGGAUGAAAUCAAAAAUAUCCGCCGCGAAAAUAUGAGUAAGGAGGACAAAAUCCGACUGAAAGAGGAGGACAGAUGUGAACAGCGGGAACUCAACAACUAUAUUGUCUCGAGUGUCACCGCUGACUUUAUGGCCACGGGAUUGAUUCGUGUCGAGGGUUCGUCACAAUUGCUCAAGUCACCGGGAGGAUCAGCGAGACACAAUCAGAAGCAGGGAAGUGGAGGAGUGGCAGAGGGACCUUUGGUUAUCCCUUAG